AUAAAUAUUUCUUUGUUUCUUAAUGGAAAAUUAAAAAUUUGAAAAUUGAUUUGAAAAUUUGCAGGUUUGAGAUCUAAAAAAAAACAAACAGUUUUUAAGGAACUGCCUUUGAGAAGAAGAAAGACAGCAAGAAGACCAUUUAUUGAAAAUGACUUGAAAGAUCCACAGCCUUUUAGUAAACAAACUAUUGAUGAAAUUAUAUCAGGGACUGCGAUUCUGGAACAGACUGAAGCUACAUCUGAUUUGACAGAUCAUAGGAAACAAACACCGAAAGCGAAGUUCAAAGUCCUAGACCUGUUAAAUAUUGUCAUGGAGUAUCUGAAUACUGUUGAUGAUAAAGUAUUUGAAAAAUGGGUAAAAGAUGCUGUAUCUUCAAGUCAUGUUACAUUGGACUUGAGUUCCAGACUUGGGCCAGCUGUCAUAGAUCUAUACACAAAUUCAGAAGAUGAGCAUGUCCACACCAUCAAAAGUUUGUGUGAUUUAGCACCAGACCGUUUACACGAAGCAGCAAAAUUUAGACUUACAAAUCUUAUUUUAGGACAUUUAGUGGAAAAAGGAAAUAUAACAUUGCCAAAAGAAAAAGACCCCAGAGUUCUGCAAGCAGAAAUAGACGAAAGCAUGAAAGAGCUUAUUGCUGGCAUUAAAACCCAAGAAGAAAUGAAAAAUGGUGGACAAGUGUUUAAAAGAAAGAUGAAAACAUUAAACAUUACAAAUACUGGAAAAAAGGCAAGAAUAGAAACAGAAGGAACUUUGGUAUCAAAGGCUAGCAAAAUUAAAUGGAUGGAUGGUUUUAUGACAGACUUGACAGUCACAGAAAUUGAUAAACAAAAAGUUGAAAAUAAAGUUGCAAAGAUUUGGGACGAAGAUAUGGCCAACAAAUAUUUCAUUGCCAAGGUUUUUGGUAUUGAUAUAACAUAUGGAGACAUAAACUCUCUCAAAGACUCAAACUGGCUCACAGACAAAGUCAUGGAUGCAUACCUGACAUAUAUUGCCCAAACUGAGAUGGACAAGGGAAACAUUAAAGUUAGACACCAGUUGGUCAGCAGCACAAACAACAUAAUUAAUGGAAGAUAUGUCCCUGGACGACAUGAAAAGAACAAAUUAAUCCCAUACGACUUUGUCAUUGGAGCCUACCAUGAGAGAGGAGGUCAUUGGGAUUUGCUGAUUGUUGAACCAUCAAAGGGAAAGGUUGUUUUUCUCAACCCUUUGGGAGAAACAGCAUACCAAAAGAGAACAGUUCUUUUACAUUGGAGAAAAUACAUAGGACAGAUGCUACUUCUUCAUCCAGAGAAUGGGUACAAAAACUGGACACUGGAAGUACCUGACCAUUCCAAACAACUAGAUGGAUCCAGUUGUGGCAUCUACUGUCUCUUGUUUGCUGAGAAAUAUCUUGCUGGAGAAUCUCUGCUUGGUAUUACCCAAGAAGAAGUAAAUAAUAAAAGAGCAGAUAUAGCACACACAUUGAUGAUGUUUGAAGGACACAUGGCGGGAUGCUGUCCAUGCUGUGGAUUUCAAACAAAUGUUAAUGAAGAACAAUUGAUUCAAUGCACAAUAUGCAAGAACUGGUUUCACAAAAAAACCCAUUGUGUUGGUGAGGCUUUUGCAGCUAAAACCAGUAAUGAAGAAUUUGUGUGUGAGAUAGACAGAACAACUGAAAAAGAAUGAGUUAGAUGAAUGAGUCAAUGUCAAAUGAAAGCAACUUAAUCAAGUUAUUUUUUGAAAUUUUGUUUUAUUUUAAUGAGUACACAUGUUUGUAUGGUUACCAUAUAAAGUUGUCUUUUAUACACAGACUUUUAUCUCAGAAGCAAAUACUCCAGCCAGGGAUGCAUAUUAUACAAUAAUACGGGCACAAAAUGAGAUCACCAUUUUUUCUUUAAAAAAGUAGAGGGUGCUCUAAUUUGUUCAGUUUUUUCUUCUUCAAAUCACUGUAUUUGAAAGCUGUAUCUCUUAUUUUUCGACUUUAAAUCCUUCAAAUAUUUAGUUUUUCGAUAAAUUACAUUACCGAUUUACUUUAAUAUAGAACAAUGUGUAAAAUAGUUCGGGAAAUUUUCGUACUUGCACUGAACUUGAUUUAGAAUUAAACUUAUAUUUUUUACUUCUUGCUUAUUGAAAAAUAGGAUUUUACAUUUGAAUAAAGACAAAUUUUACUAAUUUUCAAUACUGGUAUUAAUGAUGAGUUUAUUUAACCUUGAAGGAUUUUAGAAUUUUUUUUUUUACAAUUUCUAACAGGUCUGUACAAUUUUUUAUUCCUGGAAAUUUGGCAUACAAAAUAUGCUAGACCUGUAAC